AGACAUGCAACGACAACAACUUUUUUAGACUCACGUUGUCAAUACAUGCUUAUUUUAUAUCAAGAACGAAAAAUCAGCUAAAAAAUAUGUCAAGUUUGAAGUAUUUGUUCGUUAUUCCCGUCCUUGUUGCCUUGCUUGCUUACUUUUAUCCAUCAGAUUACGAUUAUGAAAACGAUAUGAACGAGCGACUUAAACAAAUUUUGUCCGGGUUACUCCGAGCAGAGAAGAAAAUCGCACAACCAAAGGCGAAAAUUGCAAUUGGGUUUGGUGGUUGCCAAGAUAUGUUUGUAGAUGGUCUUGCACUCUUAGAUGCUUUGAAAUUUGAGGCCCCAGAAAACCCUGAACACUUUAUGUCUGUUGAUACUCAGCAGGAGUUGACAAAGAUGAUGGCAUAUUUCUUUCAGCAUGGUGCUGCAGCAGAACGUUAUGUUGGAAAUGAAACAUUAUUUAACCAGUUAACAAGAGCAGCUAAAACAAUUCCUGGAUACAGAGAAGCUAUAGGUGGAAAUGCCCCUGCCAUGGCACAAAGACUGGCUCAGGAAGGUGCAGAAGUUCUGUUGGCUGCUAAAUUAUCAAACAAUGCCAGGAAAGCACUUCAUUCUAGUUUACAUAUACUUGGAGAUGUUCUAGAAAAAGAUGAUAUCCAUUUGAUUUUAGAAUACAAAACAGGAGAUAAAUGGGGGAAAUUUACCUCUCCUAGAGCUAACAGGUUUAUAGUUCACAGUGACAACAGUAAUCCCUUAUUGGAGACAGUAGAUGAUUUAGAAAAGGAAAUCCUAAAGUUUGACCCUUCUGUACUUAUUGUUGGUGGAUUACAGAUGAUGGAUAAUUUUCCUUUUCAAGAGGGUCAAAUGGAAUCAAGACUUGGCAAAUUGAGGUCACUACUGGCAACUUUACCUAGGAAUAUAAAUACACAUUUUGAGAUGGCUUCAUUCUCUGAUCCAUCACUGUUACAGAAAAUCAUCAGCACAGUGGUUGAGUAUUCAAAUUCAUUAGGUAUGAAUGAGCAAGAGUUACCUAACCUUGUCAGCAUAUUACAGUAUGGAAAUGUUUCUCUCCUUUCUGAUGCUCACCCAAGAGUAGCGUCUGUUUUAGACCAGAUGAGACAAGUAUACAAGCUGUUGAAAAAUACAAAGGAAGUUGAUGGAAAAAGAAAAUUAACCCGUCUGCAUGUCCACACUCUUGCCUACCAAGCCAUAUUGACAACCAAAGGUUCACCCUGGAAAAACACAAUGUCUGCCACUGCUAAAGCUUCUUUGACAGCUCAUCGACAUGUUUGUGGAUCAAAUUGGAUACACACACAAAAGUCAAAGCUAUUGUUGGAUGACUCAUUCUCAUCUAGUAUAUCAGCCAGUUCCACAAGAAUUCCAGUACACGAGAAACGUCCUGUGUCAUGUUGGGAUGAAGAUGAUUAUCAGAUUUGCGUUGCCCCUGUGUUAGUAUGUACUCAGGUAAAACAGACAGCUGGUGGAGGCGAUAACAUAUCAUCAGCAGGUCUACUGGUACAAGUCAAUUAAACUUUUGACUUUCAUAUUUGUUGUUGUUUUUAAAACAGAUUCCACUAGAAAAUAUGUUUAACUUUGUUUUUAUGUGUACUGCCAAGAUAUGUUUACGAAAUUUGCCAUUAUUUGAGGUACUUAAAUUAAAAAUGUGUGUGUGAAACUGGCAAUGACAUUUUAGUGAUGAAGUAAUCAAUACAUUUGUAAUAUGAUAAAUAUUUUUUUUCUUCGUGUAGCUGUUAAUUCCUUUUAUUUUUUAGCUGUAAGGAUUGGAACUGAAUGAAUGAAAAAUGAAAUAAGUAAAUUAUGGUUUUUGUGUGAUAGAUAUUUCAAGCUUAUUAUCAUUUACAUAUAUCAAUAUGAUUGGUUUUGUAAGCUAUAUAUCCUGGGACCACAUUGUAUCAGCUUUUCAUUGACGUAUAUAGUUUACUAUAUUUACAUAUUAUUUUGCACUGGUAAUAUACAUUUUGUAAUAUCACACUAAAAUUUGUAUAUAUAUGAACUAACAAAAAUGGCGUAAUUUUACAUAGAAGAUCUUGGUUUUAUAAUCUUUUGGGGAAUAAGAAAUUUUAAUGGGAAUCUUUUUUAAUUUUGGGAUAAAACAAGGUUGUCAAUAAUUUCCAAAUUUCUCCAUUCAGGUCUUUAUAUCAAAAUUGUUGUACAUGUAGUUUUAUAUUGAAUUUAACUCUGCUAAGUCUAAUAUAAAAAAACAAGAUAUGUUAUGAAUCAUUUAUGAUUGCCAAUGAGACAGCUCUCCACAAGAGACCAAUGACACAGAUAUGAAUUAAACAACUUAUGUCCUUUUGUUUUUAAAACUUCCUAGUUCUUUGUAUAGAUUUUGUUUUUCAUUUUCAGUUUCUUGUCUCUUAUUAUUAUUUAAUAAAUGUCUUAUUCUAGUCUUUUAAUUAAUAAUCAUCCUCUAUUAUUCUUUUCAAUGUUUUUUUUAUAUUAUAAACUUGUUAUGAAAAUACCUCUCUUUGUUGCUAAUUUAUAGUUUUAAAUAUUUAUGUUAUUACCCUUUGCUCCUUGAAAAAAAGUAUUAAAUCUAUAUUUAACAUGUUUUCAAUGUCAAUCAUGGUGCUAGAUAAACAAAAGAGGUGAAAAAUAAAACAUUUUUUUUUUAUAAGUUUGUUUAUUUAUAAAUGUAUAAAUAUGAUAGUUGUUCCAAUAAUUUGUGGCACUCAAAGAUUUUUUUAAUGCUUAUUACUGCAGUGUUUGUGACUUGUUUUGAUGAAAAAGUGAUAUAACUUUAAAUUUUAUAAUUUUCAAAAGUGUUUCAAUUAAACUUCUUGAUCAAGUGUCACAAUUUAUUGGAAAACAAUCAUAAGCCUGAUCCAGAAAUCCAUGAUCAUGUCAUAAUAUCAAGUAAAAUAACUGAUGAUGUGCAAUUUUUGUUGUUGUAGAUUCUGAAUUUCAUAUUUUGAGGGUAGCAGGGUAGCAAACUCGAUGUGUAUUUUAUUAACAUUUGUUAAAGCAAUGAAAAAUUUAGUUUCUUAUGCUAUAGUAUGUUUAAAUUUAUAAGUUGCAAGUCUAUUUUAGUUAAACCUAUCUGGUAGCAUGCAUGUAUAGAAAUCAUCUUUUAAGAAAAAAUAUUUGGAAGUGUUUAUUAUUUUAAAAUUGGCCGUUUCAGAAUCUAAAGCAUCAUGGGUAAUUUCAUUGUUCGUACCCCAAAGUGAAAAUAACGUUAUGUCAUUGGUUGAAUUUCCAUUGUUUAUAACGUUUUAAACCAAUCAAAACGCUUUGGUGUACGCUUUUGAAAAUAUUACCCAGGAUGCAUUAGAUUCUGAAACGGCGAAUUGCAAAGACCAGCUAAAUGUUGUUUCCAUCUUGAGUGUUAGACCUUUAUGUUUUAGAAAUCUAUAUUUUUUUUUAUUAAAUGAUGCAAAGUGUGUUAUGCUUUAAAAUGUUCCCAGUUUUUAAAAAGCUUUUGACUAGACCAAUACAAUUUUUACACGGAAGAACAUUUUAUUAAUUGUAUAUUUCCAGAAAAUUAUGAGCACUUUUACUAAAAUUUCAUAUGGAAUUUCAGUCAUCAGCUUCAGUAAAUAAUGCAACCAUGGUUUAAACACAUUUUAAAACACAACUUGCAUACUAAUUGAUGUUCAAUAUUUUGUGUUAAUUAGUUAUUUUAAAAUGAAUGUUAAGUAAUAUAGACAAUAAGUUAUGGUAUAAUUUUGUAGAUGAUAAGGAUUGAAUAAAUAGAUUUUUUUCUUCAGUAAUUUUAUAGGUAUAUGCUAUGCACAAAUUUCAUGUUCAUAUAUUUCAUUAGCAGUUAUCACAGUUGUUGUCCAAUUUAUUAUUGUUACCACUUUGUAAUAAAUUAAAUCCUUCAA